CUGCAUUUCCAAGGGUGGGAAGGCCUUCCUGGACAGGCUCCACGGGCCGGUGGCUCAGGUCUCCUGUCCCUUGGGAAGCCUCGGGUUCAGCCACCUACUGCCCUGGGCUGCACAUGACUGGCCAAGCAGUUCUUCCACAGUUCCUGCUGGGCUUCAACUUUUUUCUCCACCAGAGGCAAAUUCUGCUCUUUGUCUUUUAUAGACACGGCUCCCAAAGGUUCAUGGAAAAAAAUUCCAUUACCUUUUCAUUCCAUUUCCCCGGAACUGUUUGAAGCCCGCUGGUAUAUGUAUACCUGAAUCCAAUUGACCAGGAAAACAAAUCAGUGAGCCUUCAUCUGGCGACUUGUUUUUAAGUCCUUCUGGGUACCAGGCACUGUCCAGUGCCCUUCUGGGCAUCCAAAGCAGGGUCAGAUCGGGGCCUCCAGUCCUGCAAGACCCACGGUCCAGGGCAGGAGAUCGAGUAACAUGCAUUACAAGGCAUCGGGAAGAAUGUGGUGUGUGAGAAGGCCGCGACCUCGGUGGACGCCUUCCGCAUGGUGACCGCGUCGCGCUAUUACCCGCAGCUGAUGAGCCUGGUGGGGAACGUGCUGCGCUUCCUGCCCGCCUUCGUGCGCAUGAAGCAGCUUAUCGCCGAGCAUUACGUGGGUGCUGUGAUGAUUUGCGACGCCCGCAUCUACGCGGGCAGCCUGCUCAGCCCAGGCUACGGCUGGAUCUGCGACGAGCUCAUGGGCGGCGGGGGCCUGCACACCAUGGGCACCUACAUCGUGGACCUGCUGACCCACCUGACGGGCCGGAGGGCCGAGAAGGUGCACGGGCUGCUCAAGACCUUCGUGCGGCAGAACGCAGCCAUCCGUGGCAUCCGGCACGUCACCAGCGACGACUUCUGCUUCUUCCAGAUGCUCAUGGGCGGCGGCGUGUGCAGCACGGUGACGCUCAACUUCAACAUGCCGGGGGCCUUCGUGCACGAGGUCAUGGUGGUGGGCUCCGCGGGCCGCCUGGUCGCCCGGGGGGCCGACCUGUACGGGCAGAAGAACACAGCCCCACAGGAGGAGCUGCUGCUGCGGGACUCCCUGGCCGUGGGCGAGGGGCUGCCCGCGCAGGGCCCGCAGGACGUGCCGCCGCUCUACCUGCAGGGCAUGGUACGCAUGGUGCAGGCCCUGCGCCAGGCCUUCCAGGGCCAGGGCGAGCGGCGCACCUGGGACCGGGGGCCAGUGGCCAUGGCGGCCUCCUUCGAGGACGGGCUGUACAUGCAGAGUGUGGUCGACGCCAUCAAGCGGUCCAGCCGGUCGGGGGAGUGGGAGGCGGUGGAGGUGCGGGCAGAGGAGGAGGACGCCAACCAGAACCUGGGCGAGCUGCUCCAGCGGAAUAACCUGUGAGCCGGGCCUCGGGGCUUCCCGCCGGGGCCCGUGCGCUUGUGUGGAACUCGGCCGGUGUCCUGGGUCUAAGUGAAGCCUCAGGUGGCCCGGGGCCAGUAAUGUGUGUGGAGGUGAGCUGCCGCCAGGCCUCCUCAGUGGUUAGCCUGGGCGGCGGGUCCCACCGCGGCGUGCCCAGUGGGCUGCCGCAGCCUGGUUGUGGCCCUGAGAGGGCGAGGAAGUCCCAGGAGCCAGCCUGGCUGCUUCCUCAGCCAGAGAAGAAAGACCGGAAGCCUCCUGUCCAGACCUCCUUGGGCUGGGCUGUCGGGACAGGGAGGGCAGCAUGGGUAGGGCUGGUCCUCCCGUGGGCUCGCCUCCAGGUGGCCCUCCCACAGUGAUGGGGGGGCAGGCUCUCCUAAUUAGGCGAGGCUUCCUUCCGGGGCAAUCUGAGGGGCCCUAGUUUUUGGCAAGGAAGGAGGAAAGGAAGCGUUGGGGCGUUUGAUAAAGGAGAAUAAAGAGUGACGUGGA